AACUUUGGUGCGUGACAUCGAAUUCCACAAGGAUACGUCGAAGCUGGUGCUAACCCCGCGAGAAAAGUUCCUCGGUGCUGCAUUUACCCUCGUCUGGAUCCCUUCACUCAGCUAAGCGUUACCUUCGAAGGUAGUACUACCUUCGAAGGGUAGAAAAAUAGGAGUAGCUUCUCCCGAACAAAAAUCCUCGUUUCCUUUACCCUCUUACGGGUUAAACCCUGACCCAUCGAAUAAAAAGGUCCAUAAAAAAGUUGCGUGUCCGUUUCCGGCAGUCGUCUCAAAACGCCCCUUCGCCCCCGGCCGAGAAACUUAUUCGGAAGGGCACCUCCUGCAGGCGGGUUCAGGCGUUGAACGGCCGAGAGAAUAUCAUCACACGCUCCAGAUAGUAUGGCGGAGCUGCCCGCUCCGCCGUCGCUUCUCGACGAGGUGAACCCUCGCCUUGUCGUGGCAGUUACGCGCUCGCAGAAAAGGAAGAGAGAAGAAGAGCAGGCCCUCGUCUCGGAACGCAAGGCUUCCGGCGCGUCGGCUGAAGCGCUAGAUUCAUCUGCGAGGGCUACUUCAUCGAAAGGUGCAAGUGGCUCUGUGAAAGUCCAUCAGUCACCUCCGCACCGCCCGGACAGUAAAGACGGUCACUUGCAGUAUGAGCUUGGUGAAAGCAUUACGCCUGUGUACAAGAUUCUUGCACCGCUCGGUGAGGGCACGUUUGGUCGUGUACUGGAGUGUUGGGACAGGAAAUCUCGCAGCUAUUGCGCGGUUAAGAUCAUUCGAAAUGUACAAAAGUAUCGAGAUGCCGCUAUGAUAGAGAUUGAUGUGCUUAAGACAGUGCAAAAGUCGGAUCCAGAGGGAAGGUACAACUGCAUCAUGCUAGAGAACUGGUUCGACUACCGCGGGCACAUCUGCAUGGUUUUUGAAAAAUGUGGCCUGAGCCUGUUUGAGUUUCUAAGGAAAAAUCAUUAUAAGCCGUUCUCUGCGCAUCUGGUGCAAACGUUCGGUCGUCAGCUCUUGCAUGCGGUGGCUUUCCUGCACACACUCAAGUUGGUGCAUACGGAUCUGAAGCCAGAAAACAUUCUGUUGCUGUCCAGUGCGUACCAGCGGGUGCCUGUGUCCUCAGGUAGUAAGUUCACCAAACGCGUCCCAAUGGAUUCGACCAUCAGGCUGAUUGACUUUGGGAGCGCAACUUUCGAGAACCAGUAUCAUUCCACUGUCGUGUCGACCCGUCAUUACCGAGCCCCGGAGGUCAUCCUUGGGAUGGGAUGGUCGUACCCCUGUGAUGUUUGGAGUGUGGGUUGCAUUUUGAUUGAACUGCUCACGGGUGACGCGCUUUUUCAGACUCACGAAAACCUCGAGCAUCUCGCCAUGAUGCAGGUGGUACUCGGACCCAUACAGCGAGAUGUGAUUAAGCGUGCCGACAGGCACGCACAGAAGUAUUUCAGGAAUGGGGGGGAGCUCAACUGGCCCGAAGGAAGUCAGAGCGCUGAGAGCACACGAGCAGUGGAGAAAAUGAAGAGUUUACAGGAAAUCGUCUGCUCUCGACUCGAUGGCACGCCCGCUGCUCACUUCACCGACCUCUUGCUCAAGUUGUUGGCAUUCGCGCCAGAGGAUAGGAUCACGCCUGACAAAGCUCUCGAGCAUUCGGCUUUUCGCAUUGAGCUUCCAUCAGAGGAACUCAUUAUGCCGGCUAAUGUCCAUCGGACGUCUUCUCCUCGGAUAAACCAGUCAAGGAGUGGAAAUAGUCAUCAGCGCGCGAGCAAGCAGGGAACCGCGCCGCAAGCCCCCCCAACAACUUGUGACUCUAAUGCAUACGCAAACGCUUGAAUUUCUUGUUAUACGCAUAGAAACUGUUUGAUGUACAUUUGCAUGCAUAACCCU